GAGAACCAGACGCAACUUUUCCUUGUGAAGAAGUGCCGAAGGACAGAGAAGCAGUCGUCACAUCAGCACGCACAGUUUAAUCAGUGAGCAGCAAAGCUGAGACCUUGCGUCUCCACCGGCUGGAUUGUCCGUUAACAACCACUUUCAGCUUGCGCUCACACCUCACUAAGAGCGGGUGAAGAUGUCCUUUUGUUUCCAAAGAAGACGCAGCAUGCUGAAAUACUUUAUCUUCACGCAAACAUCUUAGCUCUGGAAUGCAUUAUGUACCACAAAGUAUGAACAUUUAAUACCUAAUUUAUUGGAUCAAGUUGUUCUCAAUUUAAAAACCAAACAAACCCAAAGAAAGAAGGAUUUUCUGCUAAGAUAUGGGGGAGUCAAAUAUCAGCCUUGUGGUAGGACCUUCUAGAGAGAUGCAGGAAAAUGUCAGAGAAGGCAAGCUGGAUCAUUACAUGGACAACUAUGACAUGGACUAUGGCAUCCCUCCAGAUGAGAUCCCCGAUACCACACAGGGUCAAGCCUUCUUUGUUGCCACCAUUGUUAUCGGUGUGGUCCUUGUCUGCAUCAUGCUUGUUUGUGGAUUGGGAAACUUCAUAUUCAUUGCCACACUGACAAGAUACAAAAAACUCAGAAAUCUAACCAACCUGCUCAUUGCUAAUUUGGCCAUCUCCGACUUCAUUGUGGCAGUCGUUUGUUGCCCAUUCUUGGUGGACUACUACGUGGUUAAGCAGCUUUCCUGGGAUCAUGGAUUGGUGCUCUGUGCCUCUGUGAACUAUCUCCGUACUGUGUCACUCUACGUGUCGACAAACGCAUUGCUUGCCAUUGCAGUUGACAGGUAUAUGGCCAUAGUCCAUCCUCUGAGGCCUCGUAUGAAGUACCAAACUGCCUACUGUCUGAUAACAGGAGUCUGGAUUGUUCCCAUUCUGAUAUCAAUUCCCUCUGCCUAUUUUGCCUCUGAGACCAUGUACCCUCAUGGAGGCGCCACCUCAAACACUCACAAAGUCUUUUGUGCCCAAAUAUGGCCUGUGGACCAGCAAGUGUACUACCAGUCAUAUUUCCUGUUUGUCUUUGCUGUGGAAUUUGUUGGCCCUGUGAUUGCCAUGGCAAUGUGUUAUGCCCGAAUUUCCCGCGAGCUGUGGUUCAAAAAUGUCCCAGGUUUUCAGACAGAGCAAAUACGGAAGAGGCUGCGCUGUCGCCGUAAGACAGUGAUGGUCCUGAUCGGAAUCUUGACCGCAUACAUCCUGUGCUGGGCACCGUAUUUUGGAUUCACCAUUCUGAGAGACUUCCACCCGACACUUAUCUCCCGCCAGAAGAACUCACUGGUGGCUUUUUACAUUAUUGAGUGUAUUGCCAUGAGCAAUAGCAUGAUAAAUACCUUCUGUUUUGUUAGUGUCAAGAACAACACAGUUAAGUACCUGAAGAAGAUUGUACUGUUGCGCUGGAAGUCAACUUAUACCCCUAGUAAGACUGUCGAGGAGAUGGAUGUGAGAACUUCCUCCUUGCCAGUAACAGAGGAAAUUGAAUGCAUUCACCUAAGGUGAAGAGAAAAAUUGUCAAACUAAAUAUUACUGACAUUUGGGUCUCUGUAGUAGACUGCUGAGAUUUGGACAUCAAAUCUUGUGCUCAGAUUAUGGAAACUGUCCAAGCUUCACGAACCGCACGGAACCACUGAACUGACUACUGGGCCAUUAGGCAGUUCCAU